AUGUCAUUCACAACAGAAUUUAUAAAUAAAAAUAAAGUCAUAUCAAAUCAAGAGCUGAUUAAGACUUUACAAUCAAACAGUAUAAUAGCUCGUGAUUUACAAUCACUUUUUAUGUUAUUUCUAUCUCGUUUUUUAAUUAUGUUUAAUCAUCUCAUUGGCAGAGAUUCAAUAGAUGAUUUUAAGUUUUAUAUUGAUAGUAGUCCUAAAGAUUCUAUAUAUUUAAAAGAUAAUUAUUCUCCUAAAAAAUAUUUAAUAUUAGAUUAUUCUACUAUAUUUUAUUGUUUAAAUCGUUUUUUAAGAAAAAAAGAAAAACCAAUAGAUAAAUUAAAAUUCACAUUAGAUAAUAGUAGCAAAUAUGAGAAAUCCUAUUAUUUUGUACUUCAACAUGAAUUGAAUAGGAAAAAAUCACACAACUAUGAAAUUUUCUCAUUUCUUAUCGAAAAGCGCUUAAUUGGUUUUUUUAGUGUUAAACAAUAUCGUCAAAUUGUAAAGUUGUACAACAAGCAUCGAAAACUUUCAAUUUCAAUCCAACUAGGUAUAGACCACGAUAUUUUAAAACGUAUUUGUUUAGACAUUGAUUCAGAAUUAGUGGUUGCAUUAAAUGAUCUUGAUUGGGAUUUUACUUCGAUUCAAUACUUUCGUGAAUACGAUUUUGGACAACUAUCAGAUUUGAAAAUAACAUCGAAACAUUAUGAGUGCAGAAUCGAUUUCCUAUAUAGAUGUUGUUUGGACAUAGUAAAAAGGACCACCAAUAGCAAAAUGAAUGAUUUAACUGAACCAUAUUUUAUGUAUAGAUUUUUGUUGGAGAUUGAUUCUGAAUUAAAAAACUUGCAUCGACUUGAAGGUCAAAUAGAUCAUAUAGGAAUUUUACAGAGACUAGUUGAUUUUAAUAUCUAUCAGACAUUUCCUAAAAUGUAUAAUAAUGGGUUUUAUGGCGUGGAUUCAUUUUUCAAGAUUAGUCAAAUGUUGGAAUCAAACCAAACACCACUCGAAUACUUUCUAUUAAAGGAUCCAACUCUCAUGAAUUCUAAUUUUUUAUCAGGUUGGGCAGGGGUCAACAAAGAUCAUUCUGAUGGUAGUGUUUCGGAUGGCACUGAUUCUGAAAUGGGUACUCUGCCCAUUUCCCAAGAUACCGAUGCUGGUGGUACUGUGUCUGUAGCUGAUGAUUCUGUAAUGGAUACUCUGCCCAUUUCCCAAGAUACCGAUACUGGUGGUACUGAGUUUGUAGCUGAUGAUUCUGUAAUGGAUACUCUACCCAUUCCUCAAGAUACCGAUGCUGGUAGUACAAUUCCCCUUCCUAUAGAUAAUGAAUCAGUUCAAGAGCUAAUAAAGCAUUUGGAAUCCUUCACCACAGCAUAUAUACCAUUGUUUUAUGAUCAUUUUACCAACAUCACCAAUCUAUUUAUUCAUCAAAUCAUUCAAUUAAUAACUAGCAAAUUCAUCGAUAAUCACUAUUGGUUUAUAGAUCCAACGAAUGGUAAUCCCGUGAACCCAACUGGAAACGAUGUAUUGAUCGUCACACAUAAUCCUUUGUCAUCGGUCGACCGUCAAUGGAAACCUACUCAAGAGUCAUCAAGUUCUACUAUUCCACCCAAGGUUGUUCCACCAAGGCGCGAGGUUAGAAAUCAAGAUGGAGUCGUAUAUACUAGCUACCUCGAAUCACCGAUGGAUCAAUACAAGCAAGAGUAUGACUUUGGUAAUGCAGAAACAUCCAUAUUGACUGGCGAUUAUUCGUACGAUUGGCGAGAAUGUUGGGAGAGAAUGGAGGAAGAAUGUUUCAAUCAAAAUUUCAUUAAUGACCGGAUCGAGAAAGAAGAUGACGAUGAGGAGGAAGAUUCAAUGAAUGAUGAUCAAGUAUUGACUGGCGAUUAUUCGUACGAUUGGCGAGAAUGUUGGGAGAGAAUGGAGGAAGAAAGUUUCAAUCAAAAUUUCAUUAAUGAACUGAUCAAGCAAGACAAAGAUAAUGUAGAGUAUACAAUGGUUGGUAAUCAUUUAGAUUCAAUGCAAUUUAAUCCACCGUCAAUCAAAAUCAAUCAUCAAUUGUAUCCCACACCUCGUUCAACUUUACCAACUGUUGAUUCCGAAAUCUUCUCUACGGAUGAUUCCGAUCUCUCCUCUUUGAAUGAUUCCGAUCUCUCUUCUGUAGAUGACAUGGAUCUUGAACCGAUAGAUAACACAGAUAGCUCCGCAACUCUAUAUCCGUCAUGGUAUAUUCUAAAGAACUACAGCAACGCUGCUUUGAAUCUAUCGGCACUGGCAUGGCGGACUAAAACUCGAUUCACAUUAGUUUGGACAGAGUUGUGUCCAAUCGUAUUAAGUUCAAUCAAUUGUAUUUCUUUUGUUUUGGAUCCUAUUCUAGAGAAUCACUUGAUCUGGCUCUUGGAGACUGGACCAAGCAAAAUAAUUUUGACUGGAAAGAGAGACCAAAUAAUCUUUGGUAACAUAGUUAAGAAAUUUAACAUUCCAGUGCAUCUCGUAUUUCAAACACUCGGGUUCUUCAAAGUGCUCAUCUUUAUUGGUGGAAAGGUAAAGAAAGUUUACUUUAUCGAACAUCCUUAUAGAAUGAGUCAGUUUUUAGUUCAUACAUUUGUUGAAUUAGGAAUUCAAGAACCAUUGGAAUAUCCAUCACCAAUUGUAGAAACAACAACAACAACAACAAGAACUGCAGAGGUAUCAUCAGCAUCAGCAGCAUCAGCAACAACAACAACAACAACAACAACAACAACAACAACAACACCAGCAUCGACCAACAAAAGAAUGAGAAAUCUAUUUCUCCAAAGAGACAAACAGUGGAUGGAAAAGGAACCACCGACCAACUCUGAACAAGAAUGCAAGAGGAGUUACAUUGAGAAACCAUUUCGAAAGAAAUUGGAAGAUCAAUGUAAUUCUUACAACUAUUCCUUGUUACCAAUUUUUAAAGGUUUGGAACCAGCUAAUUUACUUUACAAGCCAGAUGAGAUCCAUCAAUAUGAACCCGAUAUAGAGAAAAAGAUAAAAAAGAUUUUUGGUAAGAAAUCUAUUUAUCUGAACCAUUAUAUGACGGAUAGUCUUACACUUUAUGUUUCUUUUAAAGUUCCAACGGAAUCUGCUGCUAAAGGUAAAAAGAACAAAUUAAACUGCGACAUAUCAUUGAAAUGUCCAAUGGGUAUCGAUCCAUCACCAUUCAAGAAUCUGUACCUCAAUCGCCCUUUGGAUUUUGAGUUUAACGAUAAAGAUGAAAACGAUGAGCCUGUCAAACACUGUAAAGACCUACUGGAUUCUGUCAUGGUUCUAAAUAGUGGUAGUCACAAGUACCAGAUUCGUUCUUCUUUUUAUGAGUAUAAAAGAAAGCAAGUUUUGGGUAAAGAUUUUAUAGACUAUAAUUCCCAAACCAAUCAUAUUCUAACACUAGCUCCAUAUGAUAAUCUUAUCGCUUUCAGAUACACAGAUCAAUAUGAAACGUUUUUAGAGUACAGAAACCAAAAGAGGUGUUCAAGAAUUAAGAGAUCGAAAAAUUGGAGAGCUGCCAAAAUCUUUACCCAUGCCAUUAGAGAAGUUGAUAGAAGAAUUGGUGAAGAGACGUCAACACCAAAUAAUAAUAGUAGUAGUAAUAGAUUUAGUAUUCUCAGUAUUGAUGACGAUGAUGAUGACAUUGAUGACGACGACGACGACGAUGAUAACGAUGAUAAUGAUAAUAACAACAAUAACAAUAACAAUAAUAAUAAUAUACAAACAACUAAAUUAAGAGGAAAAUCAAAUAAUAUUUAUAAACAACAUGACAUUAAUUAUCACAACUAUCAACAUGCAUUGUCAAUCAUAAUAAAAGAAAUAGGUUUAAAUCUAGCUAGUACACCAAAUCAGCUGCCACAUAGACAUAGAAAUAAUAGUAAAAUCAAUAUAGACCAAUCAGAAUUAAUUAUAAUAGAACAGUAUAUUAAAGAACUAGAGGCUAUUGGUACAGACAAUUGGAAAAAGAGAUAUAGCAAAUUAGUUAAACAACUUUUUCCAAUAAUUGAAUACAGAAGCAACAGUGGUAAUACAGUGAUGGAAUCACUAUUGAAGGAUCUAAUCAAAUGGUUUCAUACUUUUAAGAAUCGUAAAGGAUGGGAGAAGAUUAUCGGAACCAUCUUGGCACGGAAAUCAAUCAAAUUAUUUCCAUCACCACCAACUACAACAGCAACAGCAACAGACAAUACAACGACAGACAAUACAACAACAGACAGUACAACAACAGACAAUACAACAACAACAACAACAACAACAACAACAACAACAACAACAACAACAACAACAACAACAACAACAACAACAACAACAACAACAGCUACUACAACUCCAACUAAGAUAUGUAUUGAUAAAGAUCACCAUAAGUGCAAAGCAAAGGUACCCAACUUUUCUAAUGGACGAGGAAAAGAAACUUUAAGAUGUAGAGAAUGCCUAGAUCGAAAAAAGGCAGAGAGAGACGAUAAGAAAAAGAAGGAAUUGGAAGAGAGGAUCAAGAAGAGAAGGAAAGAGAAGAGAAAGAGAAAGAAAGAAAGAAAGAGAAAGAGAAGAGAAGAGGAAGACGACGAUGACGAUGACGAUAACAAUGACGAUGACGACAACGAUGACGACAACGACAGUGACGAUGACGACAAUGACGACAAUGACGAAGACGACAACGACAAUGACGAUGACGAUGACGAUGACGAUGACGAUGACGAUGACGAUGACGAUGACGAUGACGAAGACAAUGACGAAGACGAAGACGAUGACGAUUCGGACGACGAUGACGAUAACAACUCACCAAUUCCGAAUAGAAGAUGCAAGUGGAAAUGCAGCAAUUGUAAUAUUUUAAAUAACUAUCGUCGAGACAAAAUGUUUCAAGACCGAGGUCGAGUAUGUUUGGCCAAGUGCAAGCAUUGUAAAACAACUAAACCAAUAUUUUAUAGCAAAUCAGUUGCUAAACAAUAUGCCUUGAGAUUGUUAUUUUUCUUUGGAAAUGGUCCUGGCCACCAAGGAUAUGUCUCAGGGAUGAAAGGUGUAAAACAUGCACCCUACGUCGCCAGAGACAUGCAAGCUCUCAAACAAUAUAUUUUUACUGUAACCGGUGUGAUGGUGGAUCAAUUCGUAGUAGAUGAAUAUAAUACUUCUCAGAUGUUUUCACCAAAACUAAUAGAGAACGAAGAGAUAUAUUUAAAGAAUAGAUCACACUAUGAAAAGUCCAAGGUGGAAGCAUAUAUUAAAGAUCCAUCCUGGGAUCCGCAUAGUCGACAAUCCGAAUCUAAACUGCGUUACACUCGUAAGAUGUACCAGGUGAAUGACCAACCGGUCUAUAUCAAUCGUGACGUAAAUGGUGCUAACAACAUUCUGUUGGCAGGUAUGCGUCAGUUCGAACGUCCAUUGAACAAAAAUGGACGAAGAUUCACUCUACUCAUGAAAAAACGAGGUGAAUUAACUACGGCUGAGGAAUGCGACGAUAAUGCAAGUAAUUAUUAA